ACUUUUUAUACAUAACCUAACUAUUAUCAUGUUAAAAAAUUUAGUUUUCAAAAAGCCAAUUUUAAAUGGCAUUUCAAGAUUUUAUGCGAGCUCUUCAGCUAACGUUCUCAAUGUACUUCAAAAAAAUGAAGUGGAUACAAAAGUGGAAAUUCAAGGUUGGGUGAAAUCCUUAAGAACGCAAAAGCAGAACGUAUUCAUAGACAUCAGCGACGGAUCUACAGAUAAAAAACUCCAAAUCUUUAUUCCUCAAAGCAUGAAACCCAAAAAUCUAACAACAGGCAGUUCAAUCAAAGCUUCAGGUUUACUGAAACACGCCCCAAACGGUCAGUUAGAAAUGAAUGCGGAUGACAUAACAGUUAUUGGACCUUGCGUAAUAUCAGAUGGUUACCCCUUUGCCCCCAGAAAAAAAUACACAUCAGAAUACAUAAGACAGUAUUUGCAUUUUCGUCCUCGAACAAAUAAAUUCGCGUCCGUUCUAAGGGUGCGUAGCUCCGCCAACCUGGCCAUUCACAACUUCUUUAACGCGGAAGGCUACGUGAACGUGCAAACGCCUAUUUUAACGUCCAAUGAUUGCGAGGGUGCCGGCGAAGUUUUUAAAGUGGUGCCAGAGAGUAGUGAAACCUUAAAAUCGAUGUUGAAGGAUGGUUUAAGUUUGGAAGAGGGUUAUUUCAACAGGAAAGCGUAUCUCACUGUGUCUGGCCAGCUGCACUUGGAAGCUGCGGCGCACGGUUUAAGCAAAGUUUACACUCUGGGGCCCACUUUUCGAGCAGAAAAUUCCAGAUCUAGGUUGCAUUUAUCUGAGUUUUACAUGCUUGAGGCUGAAGUUGCGUUUGUAAAUAAAUUAGAGGACAUACUCAACUUAGUUGAGAAACUUGUUAAAUCUGUUACACAAGAAGUCUUGGAUAAAAACCAAGAGGAUGUGAUUAGUUGUAAGGAAACAGAGACAGAAUUUACUUGGCUGAAUAAACCGUUUAAUGUGUUGAAUUAUAGUGAGGCUGUCGACAUUUUACUACAAAAUAAAGAUAAAUAUAAAGAACCCUUUGAUGAAAAGGACGGUUUUGCAAAGGAACAUGAAAUUUUCCUUGUGAAUCAUUUAGGUGGUGUUCCCACUUUUGUCAUAAACUGGCCUAAAGAUAUGAAACCAUUUUAUAUGAAAGAAUGUCCAGAUGACCCUUCCAAGGUUUCAGCUUUAGAUUUGCUAGUUCCAAAUGUUGGUGAAUUGGUUGGAGGAAGUUUACGUCAAGAUGAUUAUGAUAAACUUAGUGCUGAGAUACCAUUAGGUGUUAAUUUGGAAUGGUACUUAGACUUGAGGAAGUUUGGAGGUGUUCCAACUGGAGGUUUCGGUUUAGGAUUUGAACGAUAUUUGCAAUUUUUGUUAGGAAUUACAAAUAUUAAAGAUACUAUACCAUUUCCUAGGUGGCCACACAACUGUAAUUUGUAAAUGUUAAUAGAUAAUUGUGAUAAUUUUUGUUUGACCAAAUAUAUAGGAUCUUUUAAAUGAAAGUAUAAAUUUAAGGACUUAAAUUUGUACUUUUAUUUUUUAUCCUUUUUUAUGAAAUAUAAUAAAUUUAAUAAAAAUAUGUAUAUUUUAAAAAGGCCAUUAAAUAAAAUACGUAUAUAGUUCUCUAAA